UAGAGUAUCUGUCAUUAAAAUAUUUAUAACCAAAAUUUUUGUUCUGAGUCAUGCAUUUCAUUGCCUCCCAAGUCAGAAGGCAAAUUUGUGUACAACUAAAAGCAGCUCCACCUCGUCAUCACUACUGAAUUUCAAACUUAAAAAAAGCCCCACAAACACAUUAUUAUAUAACAAUUUGUCAAAUAAAAACAUAGAAAGAAACCAAGAUAUCUGACGACUUACAUAGAAAAAAGAACAGACAUAUAUUUAGAGUCUCAUGAACAACAAAACAAACCCAUAUAAAGCUACCCCUUCGUUUGCUCAGAAGAGAUUUCUAGACCCAGAAAACUCCAAUGAAUCCACUAGUUUUUCUGCUCUCACAUCUCUUCUUCUUCUUCUUCUUGUUCUUGGUUUGGCAGAUUGAAGCACAAUCUUCCUUUUCCCAAGAAAGUUCAGAAGAUGUUGUCACAAGCUUUAGACCAAGUCUUGCUGUUGUGAUAACAAUUCUGGUCAUCAUGUUUGCUUUAACAGUUAUGGUCCUUGUCUACGCAAAGUGUCGCGGGGGUGGUGGUGGUGGUGUCUCUGUUAAUCAUGCUAGACAGAUUGGAUCGAGUUCUCGAUUCUCGGGGAUCGACAAGACUGUCAUAGAGUCUCUUCCUUUCUUCAGAUUCUCCUCUCUUAAAGGCUCAAAACAAGGCCUUGAAUGUGCAGUAUGUCUCUCUAAAUUCGAAGAUAUCGAGAUCCUUCGAUUGCUUCCAAAGUGUAAACAUGCCUUUCAUAUCAAUUGUGUUGAUCAGUGGCUUGAGAAACACUCAAGCUGCCCUCUUUGCAGGCACAAAGUCAAUGCUGAUGAUCCCACCAUUUUCACAUAUUCGAAUAGUAUGAGAUUCUCCAGAGGCCAUUCUGAGCUCCAAGAGGACUCAAAUGUUGAGAUUUGUGUUCAAAGAGAGGAAGAUCUUCGCGGACCUUCUUCGAGAUUCAGCUUUCGAAAACUCGAAAAAGGUACUGGUACUACUGGUGGUGAUAAGGAAGAGCUUUCAUUAAUUCGAGACGAAGAAGAAGAAGAUGAUAAAUCAGUACUGCAUAAGUUCAAUCACCAGAUUAUAGUAUCUGAUGCUGUCUUCAAGAACCGAUGGAGCAACGUUACCUCUUCGGACCUUAUGUUCUUGAAAUCGGACAUGCUAAACGACAUGUCAAGCAACAGAUUUGAUUCAUUGGGUUGGAGUAACAACAAUUCAACUACUUCAAGAGCAAUUAAGGGAGAGAUGGAGAUGAAGAGACUAUUUGUCAAUACAAUUAACAAAAGUAGCAACCAAGCCACAAUCCCAACAUUACCUUCUACAUCAGAUUCAAGCAUUUUGAGCCCAGAAGACAGAAGAUCAAUGUCUGAUAUCACAGCUCUUUCGCGAUUCGGGAAUUCGGGUAUGAAGAGGAAAAUCAAUGAUUCUGGAAACGAUAAUGCUAAGGAGAAAAGGGUUAGGAGGCUUUGGCUUCCUAUUGCAAGCAGAACAGUCCAAUUAUUUGCCAACAGAGAAACAAGAACUCCACAAUCUCACUACCAUAGGAGCACAACACAACCACCAUUAGAUGUGUAAAUUAGUUUAUGCAUGUUUUUUUGUUUUCUUUUUGUUUCUUUUUUCACACACAUUCACAAGAGGUAUUAGAAUUUCCAGCUCAAUACACAUCAAUAAUAUUGUCCACUUUGGAU